GCUUCAGUGGAAUCAAAUUUUCGCGGGAAAAUUUUCAAAGUCGAACAAUCAAUUGUCUGUCCAGACUUGGCGCGUAAUUUAUUUUGUCCGUUUCCUGUACUAUAUUAAAUGGGAUGAAUUAACCAGGUAUGUCGUUCCACCCAAUGAUCAAAGAAUUUCAAAUACCCAAACACUCGGCGGGAUAGAGUUUAUUUUGUUUAGCGCUGUACAGUGCGGGUCUUGAACCACCGAUCGGCUGAAUUUGUAUAAAAUGCGGCUCAAACCGCGCCAGAUAGAAAGCUGGUUUGUCGCUUUGGGUCUACUGGAGCAGCGGCAAAUAACGCCCGAUGACGAGUUUGACAGCUAUCUCCAGAAUAUUUUAAAAGACGGCUCGAUUCUUUGCCGUUUGGUUAAUCGAGUGAAGCCAGGUACAAUAAAUAAGAUUCACCAAGGGCCGAUUUCAGUAGAGGAUCGCUUGGAGAACUUCAAGGCUUUUGCGAGCGCCUGUCAAGAACUGCAGCUAGGGGACGAAGAGGUUUUCUCUCCGAGCGACUUUGACACCGAAGAAGGCUUUACCCGUCUGUUGCGAACUCUCGACUGUCUAGAAAAUGUUGCUACUGGAUAUGGUUUGGGAAAGCAAUUUACUCAACACCAUGAAGUAACAACAAGAGAAACAACACACGAGUCAGAACAAGACAUUGCUGCUGACGACACAAGACAUCUUGAAAUGACAGAUUAUGGAGGUGGUAUCCACCUUGUUAAAGCUGCUUUUCCAUUUAAUGGACGAGAUGAAGAUGAGCUUUGCUUUGAGAGAGGAGACAUCCUAGAAGUCACUAAGGCGGUGGAUGGAGGAUGGUGGGAAGGAACCUUAAAUGGCAAAGUUGGAUGGUUUCCCAGCAACUAUGUCAAAGAAAUAUCAGCAAGUCCUGAACCUACAACACCAGUUACACCNUGUUUGCAUGACCCAUUGUUGUCUUCAUGUGUUAUUAUCUUCUAA